CUUGAAGCUUUGUGUUCAGGGGGAAUUAAAAAGAUGAAGCACUCCCAUCAUGCAACAAUAACAAUGUCGUAAAGACUGAGUGAAAAUAUGGCUGGUUGCCGGAUCCCUCUUGUACUGCUAGCCUGUGGCUCCUUUAAUCCAAUCACAAACCAGCACAUGAGACUGUUUGAGCUGGCCCGGGACCACAUGCACAGCACAGGGCAGUACAAGGUUCUAGGUGGCAUUGUGUCUCCUGUGAGCGACGCCUAUGGAAAGCACGGCCUGGUUCCAGCUAAACACAGAAUAGCCAUGGCAAAGUUAGCCCUGCAGACCUCCGACUGGAUCAAGGUUGAUGAAUGGGAGAGCCAGCAGCCAGACUGGACGGAGACUGUGGUCACCAUGAGGUAUCAUUACAAUCGUAUUCUUCAGGAAUACCAGAAAAGCACUACAACGCACAUGUUCUCAGACGAUUGUCCCACUGUCACUUCAAAUCCAUCUGUCCAGUUGAAGCUUCUUUGUGGAGCAGAUUUUCUCGAUAGUUUUAAAACCCCAGGGCUGUGGUUGGAUGAGCACAUUGAGGAAGUGUCUGGUCGUUACGGCGUCGUCUGCGUGAGCCGAGGAGGACUGCAGCCUGAAAGAACAGUGCACGAAUUGGACAUUUUGUCACGUCAUAGACAUAAUAUAUUUCUAGUAACAGAGUGGGUUAGGAACGAGAUCAGUGCCACAGAGGUCCGGCGGGCUUUGCGACGCAGUGCCACUGUGAAAUACCUCAUCCCUGACUCUGUUUUACAAUAUAUUCACCAGCACAAUCUCUACACGCAGGACAGUGAGAAGAGGAACCAGGGCACACUGCUGAGGCCGCUCACCAAACAGGCCACAAAUCCAGUGAGCGGCCUGGAUGACUGAGCAGUGACAGAACACGGGAGAGAGCUUCAAGCAUCAGUGCCUCUCCUCAGAGACGGCAUCUAUUUAUUUCCACUGGACUGCACCGAGGAAAAGGGUUGCACAAGCUCAAAUGUAAUGUAAUGUGUUUGUCAGGCAACACCUGCUUUCAGCCAUAAGCAGUCAGUCACACUGUUUGUACCGACUUCAGUCAGAAAGAGGUAUGGUUUCUGUUCCCAAAUACUGCUGUGUGUUGUAAUGGAACUGAACUCAAGAAGCAAUUUCAGGUAUUUGUGCCCAACAGCAGUUACAAUGAGUAUCUAUUUCUUUUGGGUUUGUUUAUGAGGGGUGCAGGUUUAUUAAUAAAACUUAUGUGAGUGCCAUGUAACUUUAAUUUUUGUGUCACUUGUGGCCAUGGUGACAUGUGGCUCCAUUUUAAAAGGGCCGAAUAAAUAC